GUUUUACAAGAUAGAUAAAAUAACGACAAUAUCUAAUGGAACGAUACUCGCAUGCAGAUAUUUAAUAUUUGUAUACAUAGCGACACCUAGCAGCAGAGCGUUUGUGGAAAAUACGUAUAGUAAACGGUGACAAUGGCGUCUUCGUUUAUAAGAUUUAUUGGAGUAUUAAUUAUCCUGCAAAAAAACACCAUAUCAGAAAUGACGGGUGUGUACAAAAUAUCUACGAAUGCAGAUUUAACUGAUGUGAAUGUUACCAUAAUCGCAUUCAAUAGCACAACGGCGGGUAACUACAGUUGUUCCAAAAACACUGGUACAACGACAAUCACCAAAUGUGUAAACAACUCAGUUUCAACAACUUCUUCACCUACAACAAGUAGGACAACUCCUAAACCUGGAGGUACCGACCAGAGUCCACUUCUGCAGUUGGACAAUCCAAGUGUCCUUGAAAACAACUCGGUAACCCUUACAUGCAUUUUACCCAGUAAACCCACGCAAGUGUCAUGGUGGCGUAACGGUAGUUCAUCUGGAAUGUGGACAUAGAUGGAU